AUGAAUGUGUUCGAAAAUCAGACGGAACCUUAAAUUCUUAGAGAAGUAAUUUUUGGCCGCUUGAAAAUCGAAAAAUGAUAACCACUUUUUGAUCUUCUGGUAAUACCGUUAAAAAAACUUUUUUUAAAAAGUUUUUUUGGAUAGUUUCUAAAAAGAUCUUUUUCCUGUUUGAAGUCUAAUGCUUGUUUCUGGAAAGCAUAAGAAGAUUUAUCGAAGGGAAAUAAUGAACAAGAGUUAUUCAAUGAUUUUUAUUAUUUCAUUUUUAAAUUUCGCGGUUCAAAGUGCCUGAAAACUUUGCUCUCAGAAAAAACAACAUUUCUCUGCAGGAAAGACAAGAACACAACUGAAGUGACUGGAAAAGGGGCGUGUCCGACGGCGCACAUUCGACGCGAAGGAAGAGCCGUCAAUUAGUGGACGCAAGGGACCUGCCACUCAUAGGUAACAGGUCCGCGUUUUCUUGCCAUUUCCGCCGAGCUCAUCAUUAGGCAACCGAGCUCCAAGAGCUUCUCCAAUUUCCUUUUUUGUUCUACCUCAAAUAUUUUGUUUCGUCGUUUUCUCUGGACUAACUCCAUUCUUUUCAAGCUCUGCUCUCCAGGGUCGAAAGUACAAUCUAACGAUUACGUUACUGUCGAGCACGAGACGUAACAUCUGAUAAAAACGUGUUAUCGCUUAUUUUUCUCUAAUUUUCAUCUUCGGUCAGCAUUUUGAGCCUUAUCUGUGCGAAUAACCAACGUGAUUUACAUUUUUUCGAUGCCAAACGAUCGAAAGUUUUGGAUCCCAAAUUGCAUCGGGAAAAAGUGGAAGGCAAUCGAUUCGAAGCAUUUUCAUCUUUGAAGAGCCGUGAGAAAAAGAAAAGAAUUUUCCUUAAAAGCUGACUUAAAAACCUCUCCUCAAAAACUUUUUGUUGUUUUUGAAGACAGUGUUUCUUCCAUUUGAAUGUCCUUGAAGCUUUGAAAUUUCCAAAACAAAGGGAAAUGCUUAUCUUAGAUUCUUUUCGGCUUAUUCGCAUAUGACCACGUUGAUGCUUAUUUUCUAAAUUAUGACGCUUCUCGGAACAAUCGAAAAAUAACUAUUUCUUCCCUGUCAGAAGAAGUUUUCCAUGUUCUUUUCAAAUUCGAAAUUUCUGCGUGCAUAUCAACUCCUAAUAUGCAACUAGUUUCCUGAAUAACAUAAAACUUAAAGAAAAAAAAAUUAAAUGUUCAAGAAACAGGAUUUCUUUCGAGCUUCUGAUAGAAUAUGUUCUGUUGAUUCUUUGGAAUAGAAUGAAAUACAUCGAAACGAGCUUUUUUUGAAGGGGAAAUUCUCCCUCAUUUCGCUUCCACCACAAAUCAGAGGAAAAUCGCUCCUCUUCCCGUGUUUUUCUCGUUGCGUAGAUGUGUAAAAUCCACACCAUAUGUCGUUUAUAUGUUCAUUUCGCGGCUUUUUGUUCUGUCUGGCUUCUUUCUCGUCGUCUUGGUUUCGGUUUUUCAAAUUUAGAAAACUGCAGGUAUGAGAAUUUCAAAAGAAUUUCCUGAGGGUGUUGUCAAUUAGGUUUCCGCCCACUUUUCAAAUUAAAAAGUUCAUCUUUAGAUGAAAUCUCGAGUACUUCUCAUCUUCGUUCUACUUUUCGUUUGCUCGCCAAAGUGCUCGAAACAGCUGUUUUUAAGUCUAAGAAAAGACAGUAAAUAGAUAAAAAAUGAAAAGCUCAAAUUAGCUAAUUGAUGAGAAUCAACUUUUUUUUUCAAAAAUAAUUCUAAUGGAAAAAAAACCAGCGGACAUGAGUUUAUAGCUUCUUUUUCAUCUUGAGACAUACUACAGUUCAAAAAGUCAAUCAAGGUACAUGUUGGGUUCGGAUUUUUUUUUUCUUGAGCACUUCCGCAUUCUUCAUCAGCUUUCCACAUGUCAAAACUGUCAUGAAACGCGUUCUUAAACUGAUAACGAGGGCUUUUUUUCUGUUGAUGCAAAUGUUUUUCGAUUCUUCUGAACUCUCGAAGUAAAAAUUGUAUUUAGAAAAUAAUUAAAACAAAAGGUUGAUUUUGGACUGAGGAAGUUAGAAACGAAGGAAACGGCUUGAUGGACGCCGUCACUUGUCGGGUAAAAUUGAUUGCGGCGAAUUCUCCGCUCAUCGAUAAGCUUCGGUGGUCUGAUUGCACAAAGUUCACGAAUAUUUUAACAUUUUCUCUAGCGAUUGAGCUCCGCCGAGCCGCGUUACUCAUCCCUGUCCCAAUGAAUUUCGACCAUUUUUGAUCUUUUCUUGAGCUUCUUGCUCUGUUGACAAACUUUGAACUGUGUAGGUUGAUUUGUUUGCGUUCGACCGUUGAAAUAGACUUGGAUUUUCCUGAGCUUUUUCAAAUUAUCAUCAAGAUAAAAAUCUUCGAAAAAAUGAUUAUUUAUUUUUUUUUUCUUGUGAGCAAAGAAAGCUUCAUUAAGGACAAAAAAUGAAAAAAAUAAUUCAUUCAAACUUUCAGUCAUUCUAAUACUUUUUCAAGGUGUGAAAACAAAAUUUAUACCACCACUACCUUAUCAAAAAUAAUAUACUUUUCAUUCUUUCUGACAGAGUUGGUUUCUGGAAAAAUCGGCUUUGUGCGCUGUGAAGUGAAAUAAUCAAUUCUCUUCUUUCUUUUUGAUAGUUCUCGUUGCAAUUAAUAAGCAUUAUUCUAAACAUUUUUAAUUAUUCAAACAAAAUGUUUUGAGAUCCCAUUAAUUGGCUUGGGAAUAGAUCAAAACAAAACUAUAUAGUGUAGCGAUCAAACUCUCACUUAUCAAGUUUCUCUGUGGGUAGGAAAUAAAAGUUGAACUCUUCCGCGAGGCUGAAAUAAAGUUCUACGUGUGUUAAGUUUUUUUUUCAAUUUUCGACUUCCGCGGUUAGAUCCCUAGAUGACUUGAUUAGCGAAAGAGCAAGGUUGCUCAACUGAGCGCAGCUCAUUUCCGGCGAGAAAGAAAUUGCUUUCCAGUGCCCUUGACAACGUCCUUUUUCCGUUAUCUCCUCGUAUCAUUCUUAUCAUUCGAUUUGAUCCCUUCUUUCGAAGAUUAUUGUUCUGGGAUUUAUUUUUCUGCUUUUCUUUCUUUGUUUGCUUUUCGUUUUUUGCUCUCUGCCGCACCACAGCUUUGAUGAUUUUUUUGACUUUUGAGCUUUUCAUCCUCUUUGCCCGCGAUAAUACUGUUUUAUGGCCAUUUCGUUCAGGUAAACUGUUUUCGUACUAUGGUUUUAGAUGUUAGGGCGAACUUUAGGAUCAUUUUUUGUGAAUUUUCUGUUUUUCUGUUACAUAUUUUUAUCUAAAAAAACAUGAAAUGUAAUGAAAUAAUCCAGUUUUUGUAACUUUUUGUCUUUUAACAAAAAAAGGCUUUCAUAGAAGCUUCCAAAAACAUAAAAUUUUGACAUAAAAAUACAAAAAGACUAUUAAAUUUUUUUAAUAUUUUUUUUUUCAAAAAACGGAUGGAGGGGAGAAAGUUUUUUGCAACUGUUAUUAUUGCUGCAUAAAAAAAAGAAAAAAAAUUGAUUUCAUAAUCAUUUUUCAAGUUAAAUAGGCCGAAGGAAGCCAUUGAAGAAUAGCUUCCGUCUGUCUUAAGUAAUUGAGAUUCUUCUUACGUGGGAAGAAUCAGCAUAUGCUUAUUUAUUUCCGUCCGUUUUUUCUGUUUACAACCGAAAAAUGAGCAACAAAAGACCGCGUGACAAACUCCGCCCAUUUUGGCGCGCUCUCCCAGACAUGACGUCGGCUUUUUGUUGUUUUUGGUGUCAUUUUGUUGAUUUUGCUGUUCUUCGAGUACUCUUGUGCUUGUAGUGGAGCUUUUUGCCUUCCAUGAAAGAUUCCUCGUGGGACUUCUUCGAAAUUUCAUGAAAUGUCACACCGAAAAAAGUCUUGAACUACUGAGAGUCGGGUUUUUCCUUGACUUAUCCCGAGAGAUCUUACAUUAAAGAUUAAAGUUGAAGUGACUUCAAUCUUUGAAAAUAAAUCUACGAAAAAUUGAUUCAGUUUGACUUUACGGGCGAACUUUUUUACAAAGCAACUUGUUAGAAACUUCAGAAGUGAAAAGACUCGAAGAAAUUUUUAGUGGACCGAUUUUGACCGUGUUGUAGUAAUUUCCGGUUUCGCACUACGAGGAGGACGAUUUCUGGCGUUUGGUCGAGGUCGAUUUUUAGUUUAAAAAAUUUGCCGACACACGUCGAUUUUCUCUUUUUCUCAUUAUUUUUUUUACGUCGUUUCAAAUUGUUCCAUGAGAAACUCGGUCACAUAUAUGUUAAUUUCUCCCUUUCGCAUUCUCUUUUUUGGCUGAAAUUGUGACCUUUUUGAUUUUGCCAAUCCCGUUUUGAGUCUCUUCUUUGCCUUUUUUGUGACUAUCCAAAUUUGAAGAAGACUGGUUUCCUAUAGGGUAUUGUUCGAAAAGGUCAAUACACAAUUUCUGGUUUUAUUUCAUAUGUCAGAAAACUUCACUUCAACAAACAACCUGAAUUCCUAUUUCGAAUUGAUUUGGAAGACUUGAAUUGUUGUAAGUGACUUUCGAAUACUUGAUUCAAAUAAUUGAGUAGAAAAGUGGAGGGCCACUUGUACAGGUAAUUUUUGUUGCAAAAACAAAAAUUCAAUCUUAAAAGUUAACUCUUAAAAUACUCGGAGUUUUGAGUUAACCUUUUUUACAGAAGUUGCUCAGGUUUUAAAGCUAAUCAAGAAGAUUACAGUACUCUGGUUACAAAUCUAUGACUCUUUAUGUGCACUUCUCCUCAAUCAACAAAGAAACAAACCUUUUCAGACGAUUAUUGAACCAGAAACCUUGCAGGCCUUCGCAUCAAAAGCCGCCAUGGAUUCUUCCAGAAUAUGGGACAAAAACAAGAGAAGUAAUAUCCCAUUUCCUUCGCUCGCCUGCUUAUUUUCCGGCCAACACGCAAAAAGAAAAAACAGACGAACGGAAGGCCAAACGUCGAGAAUUAUCUUCAUUCCGAAGGCAAUUGCUUUUCCCUUGGUCAUUGGAUUUUUCCUUUGUUUCUUUGUUUUUCCUUUGUUUAAUAAUAUAUUCUGCGAUUUUUUUUCCUGAAAAACUCGGCAUGAGGGAUACAGAAAAAGAUUGAAAUACCUAAAAAUUUCAUAAACCUAAGUUCAAAAAUUCAUCACGAAAAAGCUUUUAUUGUUUCACAAAACACUAAAAACUUUGCCGAAGCCCCAACUCUUGUCAUAAACUUGAAGGUUUUCCCUUUAUCAACAGUUUUUUCAACGAAAACUGUCUUUUAUCAGGCUUCUCACAUCGGGGCCAGCAGUUUGACUGAUUAUUCGGCUCCUCUCGAGGUCCCCAAUAAAAGUUCAGGAAGAAUUUUUCGCCUUGUUUUUCAUCCAUCAUCUUUUUUUCCCUUCUGCCUAAACCUGUGUUACAAUCGCCUCGUUGACAUGUUUUCCCUCACGCGAUUAUUACAUUUCGGCUCAUUUAUUUUGAGUUUUCUUCACUCUUGCCUCUUUCAUUCAUGACGAAGUGGCAUUUUCCCAGCAUCUAAUCUCGAAUUUUCUAUGGGAGCGAUGUCGUAGACAUUGAACUUUUCGAAGAAUAGACGCCAAAUAGUUAUCGUUUCUAUUUCUGUUCGGGAAGCCAUAUUUCGAAAGUUCGAAUCCUUCUUUUGCAAGAAUGUCUUUGCAGCACGAUGACGGAGCCACACUUUUCGUCUUCCGAUGAGCCGACGGCUACAUGUUACGCCGACUUCGACGAGAAGGAAUGUUUGAAACUCGAGGAGAAACGGUAGAUUUUCGCUCCUUUUGCUAUUAAGAUGAGCUGGGCUUCAAGCAUUACUUAUAUUUGAGAAUUUUGAAAACGGUUCAGUAAGUUUUCAAUAGUUAACGAAUUGAAAAAUCUCCGUAUAGACCUUCAGAGCGUUUUCGAGCUUAAUUGUAAUAAUUCUCGGUGUUAGGAGUUUUGGUAUGAUAUCUAUGAGUUGGAGAGAGAGAGAGAGAAGACAAUCCGAAGAAAUCUUGUCAAUGAACUCUUCCGUUCGUCAGUAAUUUGAAUGAUUCUCGCGAUCAGUUUUUGAUUUUGAUUCAAUCGAAAAGCUUGUUCUGUUGCACAAGAACCAACAUUUCGCUCGCGUCAGGUUCAUGUCGCCUGAUCCGGCGCCGACGCUCGAAGACGAGAACGACCCGACGCUGCCGUCGAUGCCGGAAGACGACCCCAACGGAAACGUCAACCAGGAGAUGGGCUGUCCCGUGGCUCGUUGGGGUCCGCAACACGCCGGCGCCAAAAAACUCGCCUCCAUGUACAGUCGAGGUAUUUUCGUUCAACGAAGGCGCAUGUGUACUUUGCUUCUUGAACUCUCAUUUGGCGAUUUUUCGUGACAUUCACCGAUUACAUUCUGAUUGACGUCUGCCUUAUAAAUAUCAUUUUCUGGUCGAUCACCAGCUGAUUUCCUCUCCUCCAACUUAUUGACUUGGAAAACAUUUUAUGGCCAUGCACUAAAGUACACUUCAGGAACUUGCAAAAAAGGGAUCUUUGCAGAAAAACGAGUACAGGAAAUCGUCUCAGUCAUCGCUGCCGUCAUAUUGUUCAUAGCUGUUUUAUUGAACCUCAUUCGCAACUGGAACAGCUCAAUAUGGGGUGAGUGCAUCGAAAAAUUAGAUUUAUUCGGCUUUUGAAAGAAAGAAUUGGUACUACGGGCAAUUAUUGUAAUGAAGUUGGCUUUCGAAGUAAAUAGCUUUUUUGGUAAUCUCAAAUGAAAAUUUUCAUCAAGAUGAAUAUUAUCGAAGAUAAUUUUUCGAAAAAAAAGUCAGUGAUCCUUAGACUCAUGAGCGACAAACUUCAAGGAAAACAAUUACUGCUCAGGUUAGAAAAAAAAAGAGUAGAACUUACAAAAGAAAAAGGUGUUUUUCAGUGCGAUGUUUAGAAAUUUUCUGAAAAUUUUUUAGAAACUCAUUUAGAAGUCUAGAUAAAAUUUCUUUUUUUCCUUGGUUUUACCUAUUCAACUUUGACACAAUAAAUUAUUUCAAACUUCCGUUCUAGUUCGAAUUCGUAUCACCGUUGCCUCUUGAAUGGACUUACAAUCAGGAAACUUCAGGCUCUGUGUUGUUUUACGCGGUAUUGGGAAUAACUACGGCCGAUUUCGCCUCCGGUGUUGUCCAUUGGGGCGCAGAUACCUUCGGCAGCGUCGACACCUGGUUCGGAAGGGUAAUCUCUCGCCUAGCUCGCGAUUCUGAAGCAGUCAAAGUUGUAGUCGUUCAUCCGACCUUUCCGAGAGCACCAUGUGGAUCCCACCGCCAUCAUUCGCCACGAUUUCAUCGAGGUUCCCUCAAGUCGGAGUAGUUAUCUGAAAGGGCUCUUGAGGUGAACGGCGACAACUUCAUGCUGUGCGUAAUCCCGCUGGCGUCGAUCUUCUACCAGCAGAUGACGUACACGUGGGAGCAGCUUCACGACUGGGCCAGUUUCCAUUGGUAUAUCCUUCUCCUCGGCAUCUACGUCGCCUUGACCAACCAGGUAGAGUUCGCACUCGGGUUAUUCGGAAUUCGAAGACUUUGAAGAAAGUUUUGCUCGUGCAAACGUACAACUUCAAGAGUUUGCUGAAACUUUAAAAAAAAAUCAUUAAAAAAACCUAAAAUAUUUUUAGAUUAAAGUGGAACUUUAUCGAAGUGGAGGCAAAUAUAACUUUCAUGGUUCUCUUCCUCCACGCCACAGAUCUGUCUGUGAGCGAAAUAAACAUUUCAUUUCAUAAAGAGUUUCAGAUCGAACCAAUAAUAAAGUUGAUAGAAAAAGGAAGUUAACGUUUUUUUUUAAAAUUAGAAUCGAAAUGCUCGCUACUUUUCAUAGAGUGCUCGUAAUUUUCAGGUUUCCACUUCUCUUGUCAUAAAGUAGACUAAAUAUUUGGAACCAAUGAAAAGGAAUAAAAACUGUAGUUUUGAAGCUUUACAAAGUUUGAAUGUAUCGGUGUCAUAAAGAACUUUUCAAUUGUUUCACAGGAUGUAUUAAAAGUUUCAUCACACUCCAUACAAAAUUUCGUAGAGGGACAAAAUGAUUUUGUAAGAUCCAGUGAAUAAUUCAAAGAUAUGUAGCGUAUAUAGCGUUAAUUUUUAAGUUUUUGAAGUUUAUCGCAAUGGAAAAACUUUGAGUUCGAGUAUGGAAAAGAAAAUUACGCAAAAAAAAGAACGGAGAAAAGAUUUUCAAUCCAGUUUCUGAUAGUGGAGGUAGAACGAAAGUUUGAAAGGAAAAAUAUUGAAUUUCGAAGCUAUUAUAAUACGGUCAUUUGACCGUUGGACAAUUCUCAGUUAUGGUAACGGUUUGAGAUUCACAAAUGGUCGCACACCUACUUCGGACUGUCUGGAUGGGUGGUCUUCCUUCAGAAAGCGCACAUUAUCUUGCCCCGACACCAUCACAAGGUUCAAAAAGGAACUCAUCGUGAUUCAAUUCAACUUUCCUUUCUCAAGAUCCACCACAUUUCUCCUCAUGCGUGCUAUUACUGCAUCACAACGGGUUGGCUCAACUGGCCAUUGGAAGUCAUUGGUUCGUUUGAUUCCCUUUUUCCGAGGUCGUGGAGAAAACUCUUGAAAUAUCCAGCAGAGUUGAAGUUUUAAUCCGUUCUGUUUUCUAUGUAGAACCUUAAAAGUUUUUAAAACCAAAAUUAAUUUGGCAUUGUCCGCACAGAAACUUGAAACUUAAAAAAAUAUAAAAACACAGUUUUAUUUUUCAAUUUUCCCAUGAAGGGUCUAAAAUUUGGCUUUAUGUUCGUGGAAAAGUGCGCUCUAAAUAGAAAAAUCCAGGUUUCUGGCGGAAAGCUGAAUGGGUCGUGACGAAAGUGACGGGGAUGAAGCCGAGAGAGGACGACCUGAAGUGGGCGACCAAGCUGAGCUGA